AGCUUGGCUAGAGUCCAAGUGAUCAGAGCACGCCGGAGCGUUUUCAUUGUUUGAUUUACAUUUUAAUGUAUCAUAUUACAGGAAAUGGCCGUGAUACUAAAAGAAAAACACUCCUUUCUGGGAAAGAGCAUCAUGCCUGUGAUGAUGGAACUUAAAGUCGUACCCACGCCUACUCAGUUCGCCAGGCUGAAAAAAGACCAUCCACUGGAGCGCUAUAAGUUAGAAGAACUACAGCAUGAAUUCAAAAAGUUAACAGGAGAGGAGUUGACUAAUGUUUUGGCUCUGGCAGGAAAACCAGCCAAUGCAGAGAAUGCAAUCCACGCCUUGUAUUUAGCAAUUCUUCAGGCGAAUAAUGUGGGUGCUCCAAAAGGAAGCUUGUUGAAAGAGAUACAGGACAGACCUAGUUCAGAGCCCAUUCAGCUGGUAUCAGGGAUGACAGUCACCCCUCCACAGUCUCGGGAAACAGGAUCGUUGGAGAGUAGAAUGAAAAAACUUGAAGAGAAUCUAGCCACUCAACACAAGCAAAGUGUGGAUGAUGCCUUAAGGAAUGUAAGAACAAUAACUGCUAGACCAAAACUAGUCUCCCCUGAGGUUCUCAUCGCAGCUCUAGAGGCCCUUGUUGAUAGUGCUUCCGUGGGAAACCACCCUGACAAAGAUUUUUUCAAAAAAUCACUAAUUGCUUGUCGGCAACAUUAAGAGCACCCUGAUCUAUGUGCACUAUGUUUGAAAUUGUUGGGGUCCAGUGAUGAUAGGAAAAUUGCUUCGAGCGUGGCAGAAUGGAUGAAAUCAUGUAGUAAGAAAGUAUGAAAGAUAAAGAAAAUAAGGAUGAGAAAGAAAAGCCUGUAAACUUUGUACCUUAUUCCCCUCUUGUUCCCCAGGGUUACCCUUUGUAUACCCUCCUUUUCUCCCAUUUGGUAGCCCAGUAGCCCCAUCUAUGGGUCAUGGAUAUUUGGUAACACCAGUAAGUAUGCAGGGGAUUCUGUAAGGAAUCGCGUCAUGUUCGUGGUUGCCCUAAAUUUACUGGCAAAAAAGAUUAGAUUUGAUGGUAUUGGGAUAUUAGUAUUUACUUCCUAUUGUUUAGCAUUACUCAUUUCAUUUUAAGUGUUCUUCCAGCAGGUAGCUUUUCACAUUUUAGUCCUUAGUCUAAUUGGGGUAAUUCUAUUUACCACACAUCUGGUUUCUGUCACAGGGGUACUAACCCGUAGUGGCUUACUAAGUCACGUGUGGCAGGGACUGGGAGUGUUUUCCUCUUCAACUUAUUUAAAUUCCUCUGACUGUUGAGAUCUCUUUAUUGUAUUAUAGCAUAACCUCAUUGAAGUUAAGAGACAAAAAAAUUUUUGCCCUGACAUCCCACAGUGGGAAUUGGAGAUGGAAUAUGAUCCUACCAGCUUGGAGGAAAACUCCAGACAAGUUAAGUGGGUGUCAUACAGAGGAAAACCUCUCGAGUCCCUGUCCAUGUGUGCAAGUGCUCAAGAUGUUACAAUGGGAAAGGCUUUCAAACUCGGUGACCUAGCUUUCAGGGACCCUGAUUUUUACGUGGCUGGUAACUUACAUAGGCAUUUAGCAGAAUGGGAAUAGUUAGGGGCCAGUGAAGAAGUUUUGGGGUGGCUGAAAUAUGGGGGUAGAUGUGAAUGAUUAUUUCAAACAUUUCAAGGGAAAGCAUAUGACAACAAUUUACCCCUACCUAUCUUCUUACGUAAUGCUUCCAUAUGUAAGGGAUUUAAAGAUUUCAUUAUCAAGUUCUUGUCAGAGAGGGUUGAAAAUGGGUCUUUGUCAGUGUGGGGAAAGGUGGGGGAAGUAGAGCCGCCUUUUUGGUAAUGCCCCUCACGGUAGAGGCAUCAAAACCCAGGCUCUGCCACGACGAGCGUUACCUAAACCUGUGGAUCAAAGAUCUACCAUUUGUAAUGAAUACUUUAAAAGAUGUACCUAGAAUUGUACCUCAUGGAUCUUGUAUGACUACAAUUGAUGAUAAAUCAGGAUAUAAUCAUAUCCUUUUGUCAGAAAACUCUAGGAGGUACUUCGGAGUACAGUUUGCCGGAUGGUAUUUUGUAUACAACACCCUUCCUUUUGGCUUUAAAGCAAGCGCAUUCAUAUAUCACACUACAAGUUACAUUAGAAGUCUUGGUAUACCAUGUUUACAGUACAUAGAUGAUAGAUUGAUCGGAACAUUAUCUCUAAAGGGUUUUUCAAACCAAAAAUUGACAGAAAGAGCGCUCUACAUUGUCUGCCAAACCUUAAUCAAAUUAGGAUAUUUUGUAGGUUUGAAAAAGUCGCUAUUCCAACCUAGUCAUUCUUUGAAGUUUUUAGGGUUAGUGAUAGACUCGGUAAGACAGACAUUUUUGAUUCCGAAAGAGAAAAAGGUUACCUUUACAGCUUUGAGAAACGGCAUUCUUGAAAAACAAGACAUACAUCUACUCACUCUGCAAAAAUUUGCGGGAAAAUGUAUCUCGUUUAUGCUUGCGGCGAGUCCCUGCAGCAAAACUUUUUAUCCGUGAAGUCAACAAAGCUAUAAGUUUGGCAAGUAAGAAUAGUAAAUCUAUUCGAAUCUCAAAAGAUCUGAGAUGAAAUAAAGUAUUGGGAAUUCUUAGACAAUUGGGAGGGUUGUGUCCCUUGGAGACAGGAACAACACCUUCAAAUAAAGUUGGCUACUGAUGCCUCAAGUUUUCGUCGGGGAGGGAUUAUUGGAAAUGAGAAAACACUGGGAGAUUUUUAGGGAGAAUGACAAGCAUCCUAUUCACUUAAAAGAAGCAGACAAUCAAUCUUAUGAGGCAGGAUUUAGAAAACCAUAGGGUUGAUGUAUACGUUGACAAUCAGGCUGUUGUUGCUGCUUGGGAAGGUGAAGGUUGUAAAUGCUCAGAACUUAAUAAAUUUGUAAAAAUGAUUUUUGGAAUUACCAGAGAGAAGAAUAUUGAUCUAAAGGUACAAUAUAUUCCAUCUAUCCACAACCCUGCUGAUGCAGAGUCUAGAAAACUAUCACUCCAAGACUGCAAGUUGUCUCCUGAUAUCUGGGAUAUUGUUCAAAAAGAAUUUGGGCCACAUUCAGUGGACCUCAUAGCCUUGGACUCUAAUGCUAUGCUAGAUAAAGAGGGGACAUUAUUGCGUCACUUCACCCCUUACCCAAUGGCUCAGUCAGAUGGUGUAAAUUUGUUUUCCCAAAACAUUAGCUCGGAAAUGUCACCAUAUGUGUUUCCUUCUUUUUGUUUGAUAGCACCAGUUUUGAAAUUUUUAGGAGAACAAAAACCUCCGUCUUGUACGCUUCUUUAUCCUUGCCCAACAACUCUACCAAAUUGGUGGCCCACUCUUAAAUUCUUAAUCAAGGUUAUAUUACUAGGUAGAAAGGGAGAAUAACAUGUAAUUUUAGGCCCCACCAAAACGGGGUUUCUCCUCGGUCGCUCUCACAUGAUUUGUACGCAGCUAAGCUUGUUUUUCAUUAAUUUCAGGAACAUACAGGCGUUCUGUACUGGCGCGUGCCGACCGUCCCAUGUCCUCUAUGCUCAUACUAAAAUGAUGUGAUUUCAAAAUUCUGCCUGAAGUGUGGCUCUAAAAUUCAAGUUUUUUUCAGAUCCUCUAUUACAGAAUUCGGUUGUUAACUUGGAAGAUUUUUCAAUCAAUGAAAGGUUAAAUUACUUGGAUAAUCACAUUGAUAACUCUGCUUAUAACAAAAAGAAAUGUGCCUUAGAGACUGAAUUUGUAAAAUCUUUGGGUUGUCGUUCAGAAUUGGGUUUCAUAUCCUCCUCUCCAGAGGAUAUCUGUAAAUUUCUUAUCAAGAAAGAUUCUAAUGGUAGAACCCAAAUUCACGUAAUCGACUGUUCAUUUUUAGACAUAUCUGGAAUAUUUGAUUGUGGUUACCCAAAGCGCUUAGCAGCAGGUAUUGUUCAGCCCUUGGUAGGUCAGCUUAGGGCAAUAUUUGAAACCAAGGGAAAAGGGAAAACGUACGAUGAGAUCAGGCAACAGGGCAAUCCUGCAUGUAGUUUGAAGGUUAAAAGAUAUCUAAAAACUAUUCAGCAGGAACAGGCGAUAGCACGAACUCCAGUAAAACAAGCAAACCUAUAUAUUUUUUUUUAUAAAUUGCGGAAAUUAGCAGAAUACAUUGACUCGCAUGUAUUAACAAAAGAAAACAGUCUUGCAACACGCUUUAUUUUGCUAAGAGACUAAGCCUUUUUCAAAGCUUAGUUCUUUGGGGGAGAUAGGGCAGGAGAAUUAGGUAGGUGUGUCUCUCAAGAAAUUAAAAGGAUACAGAAUGAUGAAGGGUUUUUGUUUACUCAUACUGUGGGAAAAACUCUGAGCAAUGGAAAAACUAACGAGUUUUAUAUAAUGAGAAUGGAUGAAAAGGUGGUGUGCCCUGUUGCUGGUCUAGAAAAAUAUGUACAGGAAGCUUUAUCAAUGGGUAUUGAUCUUUCAGCAGGAUAUCUUUUUAGACCACUCGAUCGCUCCAAUAAAUAUGGUUUAGACACGCACGUCACCACCCCUCUUAUGCAUAACCGCCUCAAGUAUUAUUUAGGAUUAUUGGGAAUAGAUGAAAGGGAAACAAUUCAUGAGAUAAGAGGGGGGUGCGCAGUGACUAUGUCAGUUUUGGGUUGUGGGAAUAACAAAGAUGUGAUGGACCAUGUAGGUUGGUUCUCUGAGAAAAGUCUUGAAAGGUAUUCAAGAUUAGGCAAAAUUACCAAAUUAGGAGUGUCAGGUAAUAUGAAGAGGCAAAUAACCUCAAACUCUGAUAAUGUUGCGAAUAUUUUCAAAACUCUGGGUGACCCUUAUGCCCUUCCAAAUACCUUUUAAACUGGUUGAAAGCUGUAUGCAUGUAUGAAAAGUUAAAUUGUAUGGACUUGAUGCUCACUGUAUAUUUAUUUACUAUAUGACAACUGAUUUGUUAUGUAUGUUCAGUUAUAAUCAGUAAAGUCUUGUAUAUCUUAUGUUUGUUGGAUAUCUUGAAUAAAACAUAUUCAUGUAAUUAA